AUGAAGAAUCUCUCAUUUCUUGCAAGUCUGUCUCUCUUGACUUUAACAUUUCAAUUCGCUAUUGGUUAUGAUCCAAACCAAGUUCAAGAAUACUGCGUCGCAACAAACGCCUCAACAAAUGGUGUGUUCGUGAACGGCAAGUUCUGCAAAGAUCCAAGCCUCGCCACAAUAGAUGACUUUACUUUCACAGGACUUGACCAGCCUAGACCCAUAACAGAUUAUGCAGUGAACGGACAGAUCCCACCUCACCUCCAUCCACGUGGCACGGAGGUCUUGCUUGUCGUAGAAGGAACAAUGUACGCAGGUUUUAUCACGUCAGACCUAAACGGCCCUAAUCGUCUUUUCUCCAAAAUACUCCACAAGGGUGAUCUAAUUGUGUUUCCACAAGGACUCAUCCAUUUCCAGGCCAACGUGGGAACAGGUCCAGCAGUUACAGUUGCUGGUGUGAACAGCCAAAACCCUGGUUUUAUCACUGUUGCUAACGCCGUGUUUGGAUCUAACCCACCGAUAAACGCGACUAUUCUUGCCAAGGCGUUUCAGUUGAACAUCACAACGAUCAUGGACCUACAGGCCAAAUUCUGA